AUGGGGAAUGUAGGGAACUUAAGGCCAAACUUUAAUCAAAUGGGGAAUUGGAAUCAAGGUGGAAACCGUGGUUGGAACCAAAGUGGUGGUGGUUAUGAUAACCAAUGCCAUGGUGGGGGAGGCCCUUCCAAUUUCAAUGGAAGAGGCUACUCUAACCAAACGGGGUAUGGUAAUCAAAACCAACAACCUUAUUCCCGAUACCAUGACCAUCAAAAUCAAAAUUUUGGUGAUCAAGGUAACAUGGGAAAUAAUCAACAAAGCAACGUUCCUAACCAAGGCUUCGGAGGCAAUAGGGGUCAAUACGUUUCUAACUAUGCCCAAACUAAUAGGCCUCCGGGUUUCCAUCAACCCCAACUUCCUCCACCUCAACAACCUCUUCAACUUGAAGCCCCUCCAAAUGAUCCCGUGAUGGCUAAAUUAGAUGCUCUAUUGAAAAUGCGUGAGGAGGAUCAAAAGAAACUUGAAGAGGCCCAAAAAUGCACCAAUGCUCACAUGAAAAUGCUUGAGACCUAA